UGUGGACGCCAAUCUUAUAUGUCCUCAACUAUAAAAAGUGAAUGGAAAAUGGCAAAAAUUGCCUUUGUUAUCAUCACUGUCUAUGUUUUGUCUUGGUCACCUUAUGCUUGUGUUACGCUGAUUGCAUGGGCUGGCCAUGGGAAAUCUUUAAACCCAUAUUCCAAGACAGUUCCUGCAGUUAUUGCUAAAGCCUCUGCAAUUUAUAAUCCUAUUAUUUAUGGAAUAAUUCAUCCAAAAUAUAGGGAAACUAUCCACAAGAGUGUACCUUGUCUUCGCUUCCUCAUCAAACUACCAAAGAAAGACAGUUUGACAGCAUCCAAUUUUGAGUCUUCAUUCAGAGCU